GAACCAGAGCAAACGGACUGGGAGGGUGAGCAAAAUGCUGGACAGACAUGGCGCGGCAUCAUGACAAAAUAGCGGCGUCUCAGUUCGACCACAGGGCGUCUGUGGAGUAGGACGCGGCGGACGAGUCGAGCCAGCUCGGGGGGGGGGCUUCCAUUCCGCUCCUCUCGGCUCUCACCUCGGUUAAUCGCUGCGCACUCGCCGUGUGCGCGGGGCAGCGUCUGCACAGAGAAGUGUGUAGCUAACGACCCAGUCUGGCGGGAUCCAAGGUGGCUCAGUAUGAGUCGAAAUGGCUGGACAAAGAAGAAAGCGAAUGCUAACGAUGACAACGGAUGGGCUGAAAGGGGGGGCUACAUGGCGGCCAAAGUCUCCAAGUUGGAUGAGCAGUUUAAACGCGAUGCCCCCAAGGAAAAACAGAAGGAGGGGACGUGCUCCAGCAUCUUCAGUGGGGUGGCCAUUUAUGUCAACGGAUACACAGAUCCAAGUGCUGAUGAGCUACGCAGACUGAUGAUGCUGCAUGGUGGACAGUUCCACAUGUACUACUCUCGCUCCAAGACCACUCACAUCAUCGCCAACAACUUGCCCAACUGCAAAAUUCAGGAGCUCAAAGGAGAAAAAGUCAUCAGGCCGGAUUGGAUCACAGACAGUGUCAAAGCUGGACGACUUCUGCCUUACAUUCAGUACCAACUGUAUGCAAAACAGAAAGGCCCCCUCUUCCCUGGCAUCAUUCUGCGCCAGACCUCAGAUAUUGCAGGAACGAGCCAUGGGACGCUACAGACAAAUGCCCACCAUAAACCACAUCUGCCACAGCACAAUGUUGAACAAGCGUUUCCCAAGCAGAAACAAUCCUCAUCCAGCUACGAGAAUACCCUCAAACCUAACCCUAGCAACAGUCAACCUCAGUCCACCCAGCACAGCUGUGCGCCUCACUUCAGUAACCAGCCCGGUCAUUCUGCAUCCAGCCACCUCAGUAUAGCUCCCAGACACAUAAGCCCUUCACAGACCCGUGCUGUGUGUAACCCAAGCCCAACAAAGUCCCCACAGUCUACUGUUCAAACACCUCAUCGUCGUCUCCAGCACCAGAAAACUGGCCAGCAACAACCUCAGACCUACUCUUUGUGCAGCACACACCACAGUGGCUGCAGGGAGGCGGAAUUAAAAGUAAAUGGAUUACUGCAGACCUCAUUGGACGUGAGCCAUUCAAAAAUGAAUGAAAUGAAUGAGUGUGGCAGAGAAGAUGCUUUUCCACAGGUGGUGACGGAUCCACCUUUGACCAAUGGACAUCCUCACCUCAUUAAUGGUGCCUUAAACACAGAAGACCUGUCUUUUGCGUCGGAUGAUCUUUUUGUUGACAAGGACCUGUCUGAAUGCACAGUUAAGAGUCUAACAGACAAACCUGACCCAUAUGAGUUUCCCAACAGUCCUCCUAAGCAGUGCUGCCAAGCAGACAAUGAGCAAAGACCUAAACCUCCACACAGCUGCCAAGUGGCUUUGAAAGUAGGUGAAGCCCAGCUGCUGCAAAAACAGCCCCAAUUGUCCCUUCAGGUUGAUUCAAAUUCUGAAAAGUCUCCAAUUUCUCCUGCAUCACAAUCUACAUCGCAUUGUCCGAUUCGACUAAAUGGAAGUCACUACAGCGCCCUUUCAUCGGAAGCUGCCUCACUACACACCACCAACACUGCACACAAACCAGAUCCACCCAACGACAAGUCAUCGUCGUCAUCAAAGGCUGCACAUCUCCUGGUGCAAACGGGUGACUUGAUCUCCGAGUACUAUUCUCACUCACGUUUACACCAAAUCUCCACGUGGAGGACUGGAUUCUCUGAAUACGUCAAUGAACUGCACAUUAAACGACAAGCAGCUGGAGAUGCCUACUUUCCUGGGAAGGAUCGAUUAAGGAAAUAUGCAGCCGUAUGUGCUACAGACAGUCAAGGUACAUCUUCAAGUGUUAAGUCUUGUAUUCUUCAUGUGGACAUGGACUGCUUCUUUGUGUCUGUGGGGAUCCGACAUCGGCCAGACCUCAAAGGGAAGCCUGUAGCUGUGACCAGUAAUCGUGGGCAGGGCAAAGUCCCCCUAAGGCCAGGGGCCAAUCCUCAGCUGGAGCAGCAGUACUACAUGAGGAAGCACGUGACCCCUCAACAUGCUGCAUCCUUGUCUGGCAUCUCAGAUAGAAACGAUGAUGAGUUGCACAUAACACCCUCACAAGAAAGUCCCGAGUCCCAUGCCAAGGCAGUGGAUCAGGAUGCUGCUGCCCUCUCAAUGGCAGAAAUUGCAUCCUGCAGCUAUGAGGCCAGACGAGCAGGUGUGAGGAAUGGGAUGUUCUUUGGCAAAGCGAAACAGUUGUGUCCCUCACUGCAGUCUGUCCCAUAUGAUUUUGAGGCUUAUAAAGAGGUGGCUCUCACCAUGUAUGAGAUACUUGCAGGUUAUACCCAUGACAUUGAAGCUUUGAGCUGUGAUGAAGUGCUGAUAGAUGGUUCUACUCUGCUAGCUGAAUUGGGCAUCAGCCCAGACGAUCUUGCCAAAACAAUCAGAGCAGAAAUCAAGGAGAAAACUGGAUGCUGUGCUUCAGUGGGCAUGGGGUCCAACAUCUUGUUGGCUCGCCUGGCGACUCGCAGGGCCAAGCCAGAUGGGCAGUACUUUUUGAAGUCUGAAGAAGUGGAUGAUUUUAUCAGAGAUCUGCCAGUGACCAACUUACCAGGUGUUGGGCCUGUAAUGGGCAGAAAGUUAGGCUCUAUGGGUGUGAGUUCAUGUGGGGACCUCCGACAGGUCUCUCUUUCUCAGCUGCAAAAGAAAUUUGGACCCAGGACAGGACAAACCUUGUUCCGAUUCUGCAGAGGACUAGAUGACCGACCUGUUCGAUACGAGAAGGAAAGGAAGUCUGUCUCUGCAGAGAUGAACUACAACAUCCGCUUUACACGGAUUGAUGAGGCAGAGAGUUUCCUGACUAAUUUGUCAAUGGAGGUGCAACGUCGCUUACAGGAAGCAGGGCUACGUGGUCGCAGAGUUACACUUAAGGUCAUGGUACGCAAGGUUGGAGCUCCACUGGAACCAGCUAAAUAUGGAGGUCAUGGCAUAUGUGAUAGUCUAGCCAGGACUGUGAUGCUCGCUCAUUCCACUGACAGCGGUCAGCUGAUUGCCACGGCAGUCAUCAAGCUGUUCCAUGCCAUGAAGUUGCAGGUUCAGGACCUGAGAGGAGUCGGGAUCCAGAUUCAGCUUCUUGAAGGACAUCACACAAUCCCUAAAGACUCCACUGUUCACCGCUCACGGUCCAUCAAAGAGAUGUUACUUAACAAGGGACCCAGUACCUCUUCCCUCAGCAGAGAUGGGGCUGACAACACCAUGCAUCAGACAAAGACUUCUUCAACCACAGCCUCAUCACCUGGCUCCUUUCUACAUCCAGUGUCUCCUGAGCCUGUCCCAGGCACAAGCAAAGACCAGUUAGCGUGCCGGCAAACUCCAAAACAUUCUCGAACACGUCUCAACCUUAGCAUUGAAGUCCCCUCUCCCUCACAGGUGGAUCGAUCUGUGUUGGAGGCCCUGCCCGCAGAGCUAAGAGAACAAGUAGAGCAGUCAUGGACUCAUAGAGUUGGGAGACCAAAUAACCACCGUUCACCGAGUCCACAGCCCCUUGAUCCCCUUCCUCAGGCUUCUUCUCAGAGGUCUUGCCCUACCUCCCCGUUUGGUCCUCCUGCCUCCGGACCUCCAUUACACAGACCUGUGGCAUUAGUUCUACAGAUUCAAAACCAGCCCGACAGUCCAGGAAUUGUACUAGAACUACCUAAUUUCUCACAGGUUGACCCGGAUGUAUUUGCUGCCCUUCCCAAAGAACUUCAGGAAGAACUCAAGUCAGCCUAUAAUCAUGCAACAACUGUUCAACCUCAGACAAAAGCGUUAGAGCAGAAGAAUCCACUGCUGCAACUGAAGCAGCCAGGAGCUGGCCUCGGUCGGGUGAAGCGGCGCUACAAGAAAAAAAAUACAGUGAGUCCCGUUAAAAAAGGACUUUCUCCUUUAAAGAGGAGUCAUGCAACAAACAGCCCAGCUAACACACUAAUACCCCUUGUAAAGCCAGUGGAACCCAAGAACACUGUAAAGAGUGAAAAUGCACCGACCACAUCCUCCUCAAAACCAGACAUCGCAGAGUUGGUGUCCAUAUUACAUCCUCGUCCUGCUCCAGCAUUGGCCGGAGCCAGUGACCUGACCGACAUUAAAACACUGUUACGGGAAUGGGUCACCACUAUAGCAGAACCUAUGGAGGAAGACAUCCUGCAGGUGGUGAAAUACUGUACGGAGCUGAUUGAGGACAAAGAUCUGGAAAAAUUGGAUCUGAUUAUAAAAUAUAUGAAAAGACUCAUGCAGCAGUCAGUGGAGUCUGUUUGGAGUAUGGCUUUUGACUUCAUCGUAGACAACGUGCAGGUGGUUGUGCAACAGGCUUAUGGCAGCACCCUGAAGAUAGCCUGAAAGGCCUGUUUCGACAUUACCAUUAGCACUUCAUGCUUUGCUUUGUUUUCCUUCUAUAAGGCUACCUGCAAUACAAAUAAUGGCAUCUGAAUCAUGAUUUCUCCUCUCACUCAACUUCAGACCAUGUUCCUAGAGCCAUGAGAGUACAUGGUGAGAGUGUGCACAGUACUACUUUGUCAAAGACAAGUACCACUAUCUGAAGGGCAAAAAAUGUACUUAACAUCUGCUAAUCAUAACCCAGUAGGGUGAUAAUUGUAGCAGCCUUUUAAGAAUUAAUCGUUUAUCAUACUCAUUUCCAUAUUAAUGUAAAGUGUUAUAUUCAGAUGUUUGCAAGCAGUCUAACCCAGGCAUUGUAAGACUACAAAUUUCUGUUUUUGUAUCUGAUAAAACAUUUGACGCUAGGAUCGACUAGUCUUACAGGCACAUGUAGGAUUUAUUAUUUAUUCAGUCAUGCACUAAAGUCUGUUUACAUCUAAAAGAAGCAGUAGGCAUAAUUCUGUUUACACAUAAUCAUAUAGUAACAUUUAUAAACGUUUAGUUCUGGUAAAAUUUCUUUGGUGCUCCAUGCCACUUGUACUGACCUGUGAAAUACCUUCUACUGCUGCGUCACAAACAGUCUGAUGUCUACAGUGCGACCUUUUUCUCGUCUCUUGAAAAAAGUGCCAAACUCUGUUAUUAUAGUGUGUAAAUAGUGUUUUUAAAGGUUCUUGUGAAAGUUUUAAAACAAAAGAUGUAUGUAAAGGGUUAACCUCUUGUAUUGUUUACAUGUAGUGAAAUCUUAGUAACUGUCUAAAUUGUAAAUCUUCUCACUCUUUAACUGUUUCAACUUUGAAAUCAGAAACUGGCCAAAGCACUUCACAAGGUUAACUGUUGAUUCUCAGUAGCACUCUGACAUGGGAGGAUGUUGGCAGGGGUUAUGGCAAUCAAUAAGUGGCCUAUGCAUUUCUUUUUUGACAAAUAGUCAAGAUGUCCCUUCUAAAUAAUGAAACGUUUCAUACAGCCUUUGUAUAUGAACUUAAUCUUGGUAUUCAAGUGUUUCCAAUGGUUUCAUACAGCUGAAUUUAGAAAUAACACUAGAUUUGCAACAGGUUUUUUACUCUGUAAACGAACUUGUGUACUUUACACAUUUGCAAUAUUUAUAUGCAUUGUGGCUACAUCAUUGUAUUUCUGUGACGUUAACCUUUUAAGGUGGUAAGUGGAAAUACUCCACAAAUGCGGCUGCCUGGCUGGCUUGUGAAUUCACCAUGUAAAACAUUGUGUGGAUGAAACAUUUAUUUAAAACUGUAUAACAAUAUGCAAACCAAAUCAAUCUGUCACACUGACCAUGUUGAAAUGAAUGUAUCCCAUGUCUCCACUCACUUACAAGAUGUUGCUUCUCUUCAUAUCUUUCCUGAGUGGAAUGGCCAGGAGCUCAAAAUGGCCAGUGUUGUCUUCUAGAAGCUGGCUCGUGCCUGAAGACCUGAAGCUGUGAACUUGUUUGUAAGUUUUUUACAUCUUGGUAAUAAAGUCUGUAUUGAUGAA